CAGCUGGAGUUUCAGCAGCAGAGUUUCAGCAGCGCGAGCAGGAUCAGCGCGCGCGACCCUGAGAGCAGCUCCACCUGUAAUUCAUCUAAUGAGGCUGAAAUUAAUCUAAUGGGGCUGUAAUUAAUGCCCAAUUAACCCGGAUUUAGCCUUAUUUAGCCGGUAUCAGCUCGCGGACGCUGAUUGGAGCCGGGUUUAUCCUCGCGCUGCGGAGAAAGUGAGGAGCGUCAUGUCCCGGGUUCCCCGCGCGGCUCUCGCGACCGUCCUGCUGCUGUUCAGCGUGCUCUCACUUCGCACGUGCUCUCCCGACACCGCCGACAGAGAAGAGUGUCCAGACAAUAACAUCAUAACUGUGGAGUAUCCGUGCGUUAGAGCUGAAGGCCAGGCCAGCACAUGUCUUAGGCGGAAGUGCUGUAAGGGGUUCAGGUUCGUGAUGGGACAGUGUAUACCCGAAAGUGUAGAUGUGUGUGCAGGUUCUCCGUGUGAGCAGCAGUGCACGGAUAACUUUGGGAGGGUGGUGUGUACCUGUUAUAAUGGAUACCGCUUCGACCGGGAAAGACAUCGACAGCAUAUCCACCCAUACUGCCUGGAUGUGGAUGAGUGUGAGGAGUCUAAUGGAACAUUGUGUGAACACACGUGUGAAAACACACCGGGGAGUUUCCGCUGCCGAUGCAGAGUUGGUUACACACUGGCCGCAGAUCAGCGCUCCUGCAUACCUGCACACAACAUCUCUUUCUCUCACUCAGCAGGCUCUGCUGGGAAGUCUGAUAAUCAGAUGAGUGCUGGCUCCUGCUCCCUGACCUGCCAGGACAUCAUCAACAUGAGGACCAGCCUGCAGCAGCUCAAACUCCGCAUCGGACACACACACUCACCUGGACAGAUGCCAUCAACUGGCUUAGCAAAUGGCAGUGAAAAAACACUUCCUGCUAGGGUUGGGAAGAAUUCUGAUAGCCACCCCCCCUCCGGACCUCCAGGAGCACCUGGACCCCCAGGCCUGCCAGGACAUCCAGGGCCUCCAGGGCAGAAGGGGGAGCCAGGAGCCCUGGGCCAGCCGGGCCCUCAGGGGCCCAGAGGGGAUAUGGGACCAAUGGGCCCCCAGCCUGACCUGGAGCACAUCAAACGAGGACGCAGAGGACCAGUGGGACCUCCAGGAGCACCUGGAACUGACGGACUUAAGGGAGACAGAGGUGCUCCUGGACCCCGGGGCCCACCAGGACCACCAGGCUCCUUCGACUUCCUCUUACUCAUGAUGGCCGACAUCCGCCACGACAUCAUCGAGCUGCAGGAGCAAGUGUUUGGGAAGAGGCGGGACUUAAAUUUGGACAUGACUCCAAAUUCUGUGGGGGAGGCGGAGCUUGAAGACCGGGGUUCAGGAGAGUCACUGCUUAAUACGUGACGAUCUGCUGACUAAAUCUGAAAGUAAUAAUGAAAUUAUCAAAAGGACCCAAAAUCUAUGGAGGGCCAGGAACUGAAUCAAGCCCUGCUAUAAGACAACUUUGGAUCCAAAAUCAAGGGGUUGCCUGCAGUUUCCUCUUUGUCACUGUAGUGAGAGCUGGAACAACACAACACUAGUGCCUGGAUGGACUGUAGAGGGCGCUGGAGAGGCCAGAUAAAUUGAGAAAGCACAAAAGAAAGACUGUUAAUAUUAAACUACUACCAACUUUA